ACACUAAUAUAAUUAGAGUUAGAGUGCGAAUUUAAACGAUUAGUCAAAGUGAUUUAAUAAGUGAAAAAAUAGUUUUACGAGUUUUAUUAAGAAAUUCUAGUUCAAAACUUUUGAAUUAUUGUACUCAACAAUGUCAACACCUGCUCGAAGACGUCUUAUGAGGGAUUUUAAAAGGCUUCAAGAAGACCCACCAACUGGAGUGUCUGGAGCCCCUACAGAUAAUAAUAUUAUGAUCUGGAAUGCUGUGAUUUUUGGUCCACAUGAUACUCCUUUUGAAGAUGGAACAUUUAAACUUACAAUUGAGUUCACGGAAGAAUAUCCAAACAAACCCCCCACAGUUAGAUUUGUGUCUAAAGUUUUUCACCCAAAUGUAUACGCUGAUGGUGGUAUUUGCCUCGAUAUUUUGCAAAACAGAUGGAGUCCCACUUACGAUGUUUCAGCAAUUCUUACUUCUAUUCAGUCCCUACUGAGUGAUCCAAACCCGAAUUCUCCGGCAAACUCAACAGCUGCUCAACUAUAUAAAGAAAAUCGCCGAGAAUAUGAAAAGCGAGUGAAAGCUUGUGUCGAACAAAGCUUUAUUGACUAACCAUCCGCUUUGUUUUUGGCUUCUUUUGAUUUUAUAAACAUAUAAUAAUAAACGUACUAAUUACGGAAA